UUUCAUUAUUUCCGUUAUUUAUUACUAAUUUUAUUUUUUUAUAUUUUGUUUUUCUGUAUUUUAUUUUAUUUUAUUUUAUUAUUAUGCUGUUCUAUUUUUUGAUAACCUGUCACGACGUUUUUCUACCCUCGUCUGCCCUUCUUCUAGCCCGGCUGUCCUCGUCAUUCCUAUCAUAUAAUAAUAUCUGUCCUGUCUCAUACCAAUCCGUCACUGUAUCCAUCGGACCAUUGCAUCUUCUCGUCUUUCCUUCGCUCCCACGCAUUCCUUUCUGGGACCGGCUUAGACCUCUGUCACUCAUUUAUCUGGCACCCUCCCGAUACAUCGUCGGAGAUACCACAAGGAAGAUCCAUAGCGGGCAUCUCUGCUCAUCAUCCGAUCACGCAGCGGCUUCCUCAAACUUUCUUUUAUAUAUAUCUCUUUACACGUUAUAUAUUUAAAUAUAUAUAACCGUUCUCUUCCUCCAUUUAUCCUCCCUCCCCCUCCCCCUUUGAGGAACCCUCCCCGCUUGGGUACCGUCGGUCAUUCUUCGAGCCUAAGGAAUACACGCAUUCCGCUAUCAACAUCACACACAGCCUUUGUCCUCUUCGACAGAGGACCUUGUACUCUAGUAUACUAAUAAUCCGGAGAACAGAGAGGACUGUAAGUUUACUCAUCAGCCUUCGUGGUUGAUAGAUCCCUCUCAUCAAGUUAUGAUGGAUCCUGCAUACGCCAUGCAGGAGCAACCGCCGUUCGCAUACUACCGUGUCGAUUCGGCCUCGCAGUACAGACAACCCGGCCACUAUAGCCAUCCGUCAGAGAUGCCGGCCUACUAUGGCCACAUCCAGGCAUUUCCGCCGCCGCAGCAUCAGCACUGCAUGCCCGAGUCGCACCCCAUGUACGCUACACAACCGAUGUUCAACAUGCACCCAGUGUCCAACUCCAGCGCAUACCAUGCCAGCAUGAACGGGUUGACCCCCAUGGCAUCUCCCAAGCCCUCGAUCAUCGUGCAAGAUUCGCCGUCUCUCAUGCCGCUAGAUAAGCGCUUUGUCAGCGCUGAUUUCUACGCCUUCUCCUCCCCACCACCGCUCUCGACACCCGGGAGUACCAUCAGCAGUCCCCCAUCGACCAGCGAUGCCAUCCGCACACCGGUCAACGAGGGUUUCUUCUCCUUCGAGAGGGUGGAGGGCGUCAAGGAGGGCUGUGAGAACGAGGUCAAUUCCGAGAUUCUGGCCAAGGCGGACUGGCAGUCCGAGACGCCGCCGAUGACACCAGUGUUUAUCCACCCGGCGGCCACCGCCAAUCACCCGGCAGAACUCCUAUCACUCUCGUGUCCGUCGCUCUCCCCGUCGCCCCCGCCGGCCCCCUCCAAUUUCGCAUCUUCGCAGUUGUCUCUCUCCAUCGAGCCCGCCGGCUCUGACUUCUGCGACCCACGUCAGCUCACUGUCGAGUCUUCUCUCUCGGCUUCUGCUCCGGCCGAUCUCACCCCACUCCCAAGCCUCUCCAGCGACGAAGUGACUCUCCCCGUCAGCGAGACGGCGUCCCCAUCCUUCACCACUUCCACCGGAGAUCCGCUCAGCACGCUUCCUACCUUUGACGGCUUUUCGGAACUCGAUUCAGACGAUGACUUUGCGCGUCUUGGCCGCUUGCAGCCCGCCGAUAACCUUCUCCACACCGAAAAGAGACAUCCCGGAAACCCAUACUGUAUCGACGAAGACGACUUCCUGAGUGAGACUGGUCUCGAAGACCUCGACGACCAGGAAGUCUUCCUCCGCUCCGGCCUUCCAUCCUUCGACGGCUCUGCUUUCACACAGCACGUCCAGGGCAAUGCCGACGACAACAAGGCUGCGAGAGCGAAGAAGCGGUGCAGCACACGCAAGAACUCGAAGCGCACGGCUGGCGAUGAAGAUCCAGAGAACAAGGCUUCCGAGCUGGCGACCAUCGUGGAGCCAGAACAGGUCACAGAGACGCGUCUGCCGACCGAGCCUGCGCCUGCCGCGCUUUCGGGACCCCGCAGGGGUCGCAAGCAGUCUCUGACGGACGACCCCUCCAAGACGUUUGUCUGCUCCCUUUGCUCUCGUCGCUUCCGUCGUCAGGAACACCUCAAGCGUCACUACCGCUCGCUCCACACUCAGGACAAGCCGUUCGAGUGCCAGGAAUGUGGCAAGAAGUUCUCUCGCAGUGACAAUCUCGCUCAGCAUGCCAGAACCCAUGGUACUGGGUCCAUGGUGAUGGGUGUCCUUCCCACAAGUGAUGUCGGGCUCCGUCAAUACCAGACCAGUGAUGCCCUUGGUGCCGCCUUGUACGAAGCCGCCAAGUCCAACGGUGUCCCUUCCAACGCAGGUGCUUCCGAAACGACAUCUGCCGACCGCCGACCGGUCAAGAGGCGCCGACGGGAGGACUCGUCCUAGAGACUGCAUUGCUCGAUAACGAUAUUUGCGAAAUAUGAUACGUUCGCUUCUUGAUGCCAUCGAGCCAGUUCCAUGUGGACGGAUUUGACCUGGUUUUUUGUUUUUGAUCGAGAUCUUAUUUUGCCGCCUUUUUCGUCUGUUUUCUGACCCCCUCUCUUCUGGGUUGGCGUCUGGUCUUUCCAUGUGCGCGGUUUCAAGGUAGAACGGGUGUCACGGCGAACUUAUACAUUCACGUCUGGAUGAGAAUCAAGGAACGGGCAAGUUCCUGAAGUUGCAUUAAACCGGUUGUGUUGAGGCUACGGCUACUUACAGGGGCUUGGGCGCAAGUUGGAGUCAUGAUUCGAUCCAGACUAUAUUAGAUGGGUGUCUUUUUAUUUCAUCUUAUACCACGAGCGGUUUCAUCGGGCGGAAUAAUACCUUGCAUUGUCGGUUAUGGUGGGAUAUGUUUUGUUUCAACUGCAUUUUUUUUGGUUCUUCUUCUCUUCGGGAUAUCCCUGGCCCCAGUUGCCUCUCCGACCUACUGGCGCAACCCGAUUCUUAUCCUGCCUUUCUUGCUUUUUGGUCCGGUUUAAUUCUUUGUUCAUCAUUUCAACCCUUUUAAUAUUUAAUAUUCUCUGCCACCCUGUUUAUUUGUUUUGUUCGAUCUGGGUUUGCCUUUUUUUUUCCCUUCUCCCCCUCCCACUCUGUUCGUGCUGGCCACUUUUGUGUAACUUAAAUCAAUACUCCCUUCCUGUACGUUGUGUUAACAGUAUCAUACCCCCCCCGUGCAUUUUUGGGCCUUGGUUGAAUGUUUGGUUGGCGUGCAUAAUAUCCAUUUCAUGAUGUAUGUAUUGAUUAGCAGAUAGUUGACUGGAUGUAUUGCUAAGAACUGCACUGUUUGAUUAGUAUUGUUGUAGUAUCU